CCAAGUAUGCAUUAUGUGAGCUACUACUAAAGCCUAACAUUCUUGUACUACGCUCCUAUAUAUUGCCACUUACUCUGCUAAGCUAAGCAACUCAUUCCCAAAAACAAGCACCAAAACAUGGGAAACCAAGGAAUGCCAAGGCCAUUGCCUUGGCUUGGAUACACUACCUUGAUGUUAUGCAUGCUUUUUACUAGUGUUCAAGCCAUGGAACCAUACAUGUAUGUUUCCCCUCCUCCGCCUCACCACGGCCAUCAAGGUCACUUAUACAAACACCAUGGACACAUUAAGUCUCCUCCCCCGCAAUCUCCUUACACCUAUAAAACGCCACCACCACCCACACACUUACCUCCUUAUAUUUAUAAAUCACCACCACCACCCGUACAUUCACCACCUCCUCCAUACAUUUACAAAUCACCACCACCACCGGUAAAAUCACCACCUCCUCCUUACAUCUAUAAAUCGCCACCACCACCCGUACACUCACCACCUCCUCCAUACAUUUACAAAUCACCACCACCACCCGCACACUCACCACCUCCUCCUUACAUCUAUAAAUCACCAAUACCACCUGUACAUUCACCACCUCCUCCAUACAUUUACAAAUCACCACCACCACCCGUACACUCACCAUAUCCUCCUUACAUCUAUAAAUCACCACCACCACCCGUACAUUCACCACCUCCUCCGUACAUCUAUGAAUCGCCACCACCACCCGUGCAUUCACCACCUCCUCCAUACAUUUACAAAUCACCACCUCCACCGGUACAUUCACCACCUCAUCCUUACAUCUAUAAAUCGCCACCACCACCCGUGCAUUCACCACCUCCUCCAUACAUUUACAAAUCACCACCACCACCGGUAUAUUCACCACCUCCUCCUUACAUCUAUAAAUCGCCACCACCACCCGUACAUUCACCAUCUCCUCCAUAUAUUUACAAAUCACCACCUCCUCCAUAUAUUUACAAAUCACCACCACCUCCUUACAUCUAUAAAUCGCCACCACCACCCGUACAUUCACCACCUCCUCCUUACAUUUACAAAUCACCUCCUCCUCCUUACAUCUAUAAAUCGCCACCACCACCCGUGCAUUCACCACCUCCUCCAUACAUUUACAAAUCACCACCACCACCGGUAUAUUCACCACCUCCUCCUUACAUCUAUAAAUCGCCACCACCACCCGUACACUCACCACCUCCUCCAUACAUUUACAAAUCACCACCACCACCCGUACACUCAUCACCACCUCCUCCUUACAUCUAUAAAUCACCACCACCACCCGUACAUUCACCACCUCCUCCUUACAUCUAUGAGUCGCCACCACCACCCGUGCAUUCACCACCUCCUCCAUACAUUUACAAAUCACCACCACCACCCGUACACUCACCACCUCCUCCUUACGUCUAUCAAUCACCACCUCCUCCAUACAUCUAUAAAUCACCACCUCCUCCAAUGAAGUCACCUCCACCUCCAUACCACUAUACAUCUCCCCCUCCUCCAAAGAAGUCCCAUUCACCACCUCCUUACAUUUACAAGUCCCCUCCACCACCCGUGCAUUCACCGCCUCCUCCAUACGUUUACAAGUCUCCACCACCUCCGCCAUACGUGUACGUGUCACCACCUCCACCAGUGCACAAACCACCGAGUCCAUACUAUUACACCUCUCCUCCACCACCAUACUACUAGCUAGUUAUUACAUGCUAUCAAAAAAGUGCAUGUUCAAGUGUACGUAGUAUACAUUAGAAGACGUACGUACUAUCGUAUUGAAUGAAGCUAGCUAGCUGCCACAAGAACAAGUGUUUGAUUCGACAUCUUAGGGGCAACCAUCAUAUGUUAGAGAUCAAUUGAAUGUUUGGUUUUAGUUCAUGUAUAAGGGAUUUUUGAUUCAAUAUUAAUAUAUUGUAUGUGUUUGAUUCAACGUGUAUAAGCUAUUGUUAUUAAUGUAUACGAUAAUAUUGUCAUUAUUUAUAGAAAAAAUCUGGUUUCGCAAUC